AUGGUCUCUACUAGAAGUGUUAGAUACAAAUUCAGCGAAGGGGAACGCGUCUUGUGUUAUGAGCCAGACCCCACAAAAGCUAAAGUGCUAUACGAUUCAAAGGUUUUGGAGGUGAUAGAAAGUAAAGAUAGACGAGGUCGUCGAACCGUAGAGUAUUUGAUACAUUUCCAAGGCUGGAAUUCAUCUUGGGACAGAUGUGUCAGUGAAGAUUUCGUUCUCAAAGAUACAGAGGAAAACAGACAACUACAGAGAGACUUAGCGGAGAAAUCACAAUUACAACUUGGAGCAUAUUUGUAUCGUCGGGAACGAAAGAAGGGUAACAGUACUAGUUCAGCCGGCCCUGCCAAAAGGCCACGACAUGGUUUCAGUGACGAUGGAUCUUCGAGUAGUACACAGCCUGAUGGAAAUGGAUAUUCAGAAGCUGAUACAGUUGACACUGAUUCAUCGUCAGGUUCAAGCACACAGCCGAGCUCUCCGCCAAACUCACACACAGGACGAGCCAGCAUAGCAUUGCCAUCUGCACUCAGGGACCGUCUCACCUUCGACUACCAUCUAGUAGUGAAACGCGGCCGUUUAUCCCGUCUACCAGCUACUCCUUGCGCUGCCCAGAUAUUGGAGUCCUACGUUAAAUGGUUCGCUCGAGCCGGUGCUUGGAACCCGCCAAGAGCGAGGCACGAUCCACCACACAAACCUGACAUGUUGGAUGUUUCAUGCAGGUUGAACCUUCUCCGCGAGGUGGCUGACGGUCUUCGCGUGUAUUUCGACUUCAUCUUACGAACUCACCUCUUAUACAAACAAGAGCUCGAUCAAUACUAUCAGUUCUGUGGGCAAUAUAUCGACGAGCCAAACAUCAAGUCGGAGCCUGAAGAUGACGACAGCCGGUCUCAAGAUGAAGACGAUCUGGACCACAAGCUGGCGGACUACUCACACCUGCCGCCCGACCCCGCGCGGAAUGAGAACGGCGACGCGAACGCGUCACACGAUAACGACGAAGAAGACGAAGAUGUUGACGUAGAUGAUGAGAAAGAAUACGAAAACAGAGCGAAGAGCGAGCCGCGGAGUGAAGACGGCUCUAUAGAGAACGAUGAACAACAUGAACAGAAUGACCAACAUGGCCAGAAUGACCAGCAUGGCCAACAUGGCCAGAAUGACCAACAUGGCCAAAAUGACCGUGAGCAACACACACAGAGAGAGUGCAACCAACAUAACCAACACGACAUACGAGAACUAGAUCACUGUGCCGCGCCGCGAGGAGGAAGCUUGGCGAGACGGCUCCGUUCCCAUAAAUCCGUUGUAUCACAAUCAGAAAACGAAGAACCAGCUCCGUCCACCUCCACGGGGGAACAGAGGACAUUUGAAACAUUAUCUUCGAGUGUUGGUAGCAGUGGCUCGUCUUUGUGCGAGAGUUGGCGGGCGAGGAGCGCCCCGCCCUCCGCCACAAAUCACAGGACACCGCUCUCACAGCUGUUAGAUAAGGUCGCGAAAUGGCAAAUAAUACCUCGUGAGGACACAGAACAUUUACCCUGUAGAGUGUACGGAGCUAUACACCUGGCGAGACUCUUUGUAAAACUUCCGGACUUCCUCAACGCGACGCAGAUGCCAGACUUUAAGUUAAAACUCGUUUUAAAGCAUGUAGAUAUGUUUAUACAGUACCUUGAAGAACAUAAUGAGUGGUUCGGAGAUAUGUUCUAUGUGGGUGAUGGAGUGUCGCGAUCACAUUAA